CGACCGGUCAAUGACACGACUCGCCAGUCGCCACUACCGGCUCCCGUUUAAAUUGCCGGCCGCAUCAAGCUGAGGGCUGAGGCAGAGAUGCCAACAGAAGUCACGUCGACACCAGCCAGCCGGCCGGACUGCAGCUCGUCGUCGUCGAUGACGGCCGGGACCAUGCGUGUGCUAGGCGGGGAGGUCAGCCCGUUCACGGCGCGGGCGCGUCUGGCGCUGGAUCUGCGCGGCGUGGCGUACGAGCUCCUCGACGAGCCGCUGGGGCCCAAGAAAAGCGACAGACUCCUCGCUGCCAACCCCGUCUACGGGAAGAUCCCCGUGCUGCUCCUCCCCGACGGCCGCGCCAUAUGCGAGUCCGCAGUCAUCAUCCAGUGCAUCGAGGACGUGGCGCGUGGAAGCGGCGGCGCCGAGGCUAGCAGCCUGCUGCUGCCGGACGACCCCUACGAGCGCGCCAUGCACCGCUUCUGGACCGCCUUCAUCGACGACAAGUUUUGGCCGGCGCUGGAUGCCGUCUCCCUGGCGCCGACCCCGGGAGCACGCGCGCAGGCCGUGGAAGACACCCGCGCCGCGCUGAGCCUCCUGGAGGUGGCGUUCAAGGACCGCAGCAACGGCAGGGCUUUCUUCUCCGGUGGCGACGCCGCGCCAGGCCUCCUGGACCUGGCCCUCGGAUGCUUCCUGCCGGCGCUCAGGGCCUGCGAACGGCUCCACGGCCUCUCACUCAUCGACGCGUCCGCGACGCCGCUGCUGGACGGGUGGAGCCAGCGCUUCGCCGCGCACCCUGCAGCCAAGCGCGUCCUGCCGGACACGGAGAAGGUGGUGCAGUUCACGAGGUUCCUCCAGGGACAGUUCAGGGUCCACGUGUCCUAAAUGAUUUAGCGUCUCCAAAAGAUUGUCAAAAUCUCCGUCUAAAGUCUGUUUUAGAAACUUAAAUCACUUUCAGGAUUCUCGGAAAUUGAGAGAAAAAUAAAAUAACUUUUCACUCAAUCUUCAGAAAUCUAAGAGGAAUUUCAGUUUUCAAACUAGCUCUAAAUGCGGUGGUGAGAAGGAAAAAAAGAUCUCACUAGCUACUAUCAAGAUCCCCUUUCUAAAAAGUCAUCGCAGCAUGAUCAUCCGAGAACCUCCCUAUAUCAGCAGCUUCUCACACCCGCUUGCCCCUUUCGGAAAAGCAUUAACUCAUACUAACUUUCCUAAUUAAUUGGCCAAGGAUGUUCCAUUCC